GACUUUCAAUUAUUCUUUCAUGAGUUUAAUUUAAAAAAAAUGUAUAGCUGAAAAAUAAUUUUAAAUAAUUAUUCGAUUUCCAUUAAGAACACCAACUUUCACCAUGGUUCGUAAAUUAUAUGUAUACUUUUUGUUCAAGCACUUAUUCACUGUUUUGGAUGAGCACAGCACUUGACGGGCUGUUAUCAAUUUUAAAAAAAUUGCGGGCUAAUCCAGAGAAAGAACUAAGAAUAUUAUUAUUAGGUUUGGAUAAUGCAGGCAAAACAACUAUUUUACGUUUUUUGGCAAACGAAGAUAUUACUCAAGUUACUCCAACUCAAGGAUUUAAUAUUAAAAGUAUCCACACAGAUGGAUUUAAGUUGAACGUAUGGGAUAUAGGAGGUGCGAGAAAAAUUCGCCCUUAUUGGAGAAACUACUUUGAAAAUACUGAUGUUUUGAUAUACGUAAUUGACAGUGCUGAUUUAAAUAGACUCGAAGAAACUGGCGAAGAAUUGUCCGAACUAUUGACUGAAGACAAACUUCGUGGAGUUCCAGUGCUAGUUUAUGCAAAUAAACAAGAUGUCGCUCAAUCGGUAACUGCUGCUCAAAUUGCCGAAUCUCUCGGCCUACCCAAUAUAAAAGAUCGAGAUUGGCAAAUUCAAUCAUGCGUCGCAACUGAUGGAAAGGGUAUCAAGGAGGGCUUAGAGUGGGCGUGCAAAAACGUUAAAAAGAAAUAAAGUAUAGUUUUGUUCAAUAAUUUUCCUUGCAUUUCUCACUUGCAAUCAA